AUGCUUGAAGCAACCAUAUACUUAUUCUCAGCAUUUUCCCUGUUUGAAGGAACCAUAUCCGCAUUCUUGGCCUUUUCCCUGUUUGAAGCAACCAUAUCCUCAUUCUCGGCUUUUUCGGUGCUUGAAGCAACUAUAUACCCAUUCUCGGCAUUUUCCCUGUUUGAAGCAACCAUAUCCGCAUUCUUGGUCUUUUCCGUGUUUGAAGCAACCAUAUCCUCAUUCUCGGCUUUUUCGUUGCUUGAAGCAACCCUAUACUCAUUCUCGGCAUUUUCCCUGCUUGAAGCAACCAUAUCCGCAUUCUUAGUCUUUCCGUGUAUCUAUCUAUCUAUCUAUCUAUCUAUCUAUCUAUCUAUCUAUCUAUCUAUCUGUGUCUCUUCAUUAUCUAUCUAUCGAAGUCUCUUCGUAUCUAUAUAUCUAACUAGUUCAAUCUUUUCAUAUUCAUUCUAUCUAUCUAUCUAUCUAUCUAUCUAUCUAUCUAUCUAUCUAUCUAUCUAUCUGAGAUUCUACUCUACAGUGUUCUCUCCUAAGUCAGUCUUGCUCAACAUUACCCUACUGUACCGUGUUCGAUACUCGCAGAUGCCACAUCGCCAUGACCGGUUUUGA